GCGCGCCGCCCUGAUCCCUCCUUCGCCCGCGGCGGCGGCGGCGGCCGGCCCGUUGCCAUGGUAGACCCGGUGGGCUUCGCCGAGGCGUGGCGCGCCCAGUUCAACGACGCGGAGCCGCCCGCGAUGGCGCUGCGCUCGGUGGGCGACAUCGAGGCGGAGCUGGAGCGCUGCAAGGCGUCGAUCCGCCGCCUGGAGCUGGAAGUGAACAAGGAGCGCUUUCGCAUGAUCUACCUGCAGACGCUGCUGGCCAAGGAGCGCAAGAGCUACGACCGGCAGCGGUGGGGCUUCCAGCGCGGCCCCGAGGCCGACGACGACAGGCCCGCCCGCCCGCGCCCCCCCGCCCUGCGCAAGCUCUCCGCGCACAGCGACGGCAGCUCGGAGGCGGACACCGCGCAGCCCGGCGAAGAGGAGCGCGCCAAGCCAGCCGCGGACGAGAAGCCCAGGGAGGAGGGCGCCGCGGCGGGCUCGCCGGGCAGGGCGCGGCCGGCCCCCAGCGGCAGUCGCCGCCGCCUCCCCGCCGCCGCCACCUCGGGGGAGCGGGACGGGGCCGCCUUGGAGGCGGGCGGCAGGGAGCGCGGGCAGGGCGGCGGGGGCGGCGGCGCGGGGCUGCUGCGCUCCGGCCAGGACCGCGGGAGGAAGGCGCCCUCGUCGCCGCCGCCCUCGCGGCCGCCGGACGGCCGGGAGGCGGCCGAGAAGCCCUUCUACGUGAACCUGGAGUACCACCGCGAGCGCGGCCUGGUGCGCGUCAACGACCGCGACGUCUCGGAGCGCAUCAGCGCGCUGGGCAGCCAGGCCAUGCAGCUGGAAGCGCGCAAGAAGCUGCCGGGGCCGACGCGGGGCCGCUCGGCCGACGCCGCCUACGACGACGGGGCCGAGUACGAGGACGCGGAGCUGAACGCGCGCUUCCUGAAGGACAACCUGCUCCUGGACGGCGCCGGCCGGCCCGUCUGGACGGCCGCCUCCCCCGCCGCCUUCCAGCCCUACCAGAGCGUCUUCGUGGGCGGCUCGGCGGGGGCGUCGGAGCAGCCGCUCACCUGGCCGCGCCGCUCCUACUCGCCGCGCGGCUUCGAGGACCGCGGCGGGGGCGGCGGCUACACGCCGGACUGCAGCUCGAACGAGAACCUGACGUCCAGCGAGGAGGACUUCUCGUCCGGCCAGUCGAGCCACGUGUCGCCCAGCCCCACCGCCUGCCGCCUCUCGCGCGAGAAGAGCCGCUCGCCCUCGCAGCACUCGCAGCAGUCCUUCGACAGCAGCGGCAGUCCCCCGACCCCGCAGGCCCCCAAGCGGCACCGGCACCACCCGCAGGCCGCCGGCCCCGAGCCCGCCCUCGGGGCGCCCCGGAAGAGCGCGCCGUCCUGGCCCUGCGACGGAGAGCCUCCCGCCGGGAGGGGCGCCACCGAGGGCUGUUUCCAUGGCGACGCAGAUCUUUCCUUUGGUGGCCUCCCACCAGGCUACGCCUACGAUGUGGAGAGAACGGAAGAGCAGAGGCACCACCAUGACAUGAUGCCCUUCAUUGAUGACUCCCCCUCCUCUUCACCCCAUCUCAGCUCCAAGAGCCGAGGCAGUCGAGAUGGCUUCUCCUCGGGGUCCCUGGAGUCUUCAAAAUCAAGCGAGCCAGACCUGGAAAAGGGUCUGGAGAUGAGGAAGUGGGUCCUAUCGGGCAUCCUGGCCAGUGAGGAAACCUACUUGGGUCACCUUGAGGCCCUCCUGCUGCCCAUGAAGCCUUUGAAAGCGGCGGCCACCACCUCCCAGCCGGUCCUGUCCAGCCAGCAGAUCGAGACCAUCUUCUUCAAAGUGCCUGAGCUCUACGAGAUCCACAAGGACUUCUACGACGGGCUCUCCCCUCGCGUUCACCAGUGGAGCCACCAGCAGCGGGUGGGCGACCUCUUCCAGAAACUGGCCAGCCAGCUGGGAGUGUACCGGGCCUUUGUGGAUAACUACGAGGUUGCCAUAGAGACGGCCGAGAAGUGUUGCCAGGCCAACGCGCAGUUUGCAGAGAUCUCGGAGAACCUCCGAGCUAGAAGCUCCAAGGAUGCAAGAGACCAGACAACAAAAAACUCCUUGGAAACUCUCCUCUACAAGCCGGUGGAUCGAGUCACACGCAGCACCCUUGUGCUCCACGAUCUGCUGAAGCACACCCCGUCCAGCCACCCCGACUACCUGCUCCUGCAGGAUGCCCUGCGCAUCUCCCAGAACUUCCUCUCCAGCAUCAACGAGGAGAUCACGCCCAGGAGGCAAUCCAUGACUGUCCAGAAGGGGGAGCACCGGCAACUCCUGAAGGACAGUUUCAUGGUGGAGCUGGUGGAGGGAUCUCGGAAGCUGCGUCACGUCUUUCUCUUCACGGAUUUGUUCCUCUGCGCCAAGCUUAAGAAGCAGAUUGGAGGGAAGAGCCAGCAGUAUGACUGUAAGUGGUACAUCCCCCUCUCGGAUCUCAGCUUCCAGAUGGUGGAUGACUCGGAGAUGGUGCCGAACGUCUCUCUUGUGCCAGACGAGGAGCUGGAUGCCAUGAAGAUCAAGAUCUCCCAACUCAAGAGCGACAUCCAACGCGAAAAGAAAGCGAACAAGGGAAGCAAGAACAUGGAGAGGUUGAAGAAGAAGCUGUCCGAGCAGGAGUCCCUGCUUCUCCUGAUGUCUCCUAACAUGGCCUUCCGAGUGCACAAUCGCCACGGCAAAAGCUACACCUUCCUCAUCUCCUCGGACUACGAACGGGCCGAGUGGCGAGAGAUCGUCCGAGAGCAGCAGAAGAAAUGCUUCAAAAGCUUUUCGCUGACAUCGGUGGAACUCCAGAUGCUGACAAAUUCUUGUGUGAAGCUUCAGACGGUGCAUCACAUUCCCCUCACCAUUAACAAAGAAGAUGACGAACCCUCCGGCCUCUACGGCUUCCUGAACGUGAUUGUCCAUUCGGCCACUGGCUUCAAGCAGAGCUCCAGUGAGUGUAGAUGCCCGGCAGGCCUGUACUGCACCCUCGAAGUGGAUUCCUUCGGGUACUUUGUGAACAAGGCCAAAACCAGAGUUUACAGAGACACCGCAGAGCCCAACUGGAAUGAGGAGUUUGAGAUAGAACUGGAGGGCUCCCAGACGCUGCGGAUCCUCUGCUACGAGAAAUGCUACCACAAGACCAAGCUCACCAAAGAAGACGGCGAGACCACGGACCGCAUUAUGGGCAAAGGCCAAAUCCAGCUGGACCCCCAAACCUUGCAAGACAAGGACUGGCAACGCACGGUCAUCUUCAUGAAUGGGGUCGAAGUCAAGCUCUCCGUGAAGUUCACAAGCAGAGAGUUCAGUCUAAAGAGGAUGCCAUCUCGAAAGCAAACGGGAGUAUUUGGAGUAAAGAUUGGAGUUGUCACCAAGAGAGAGCGAUCCAAGGUGCCUUAUAUUGUGCGCCAGUGUGUGGAGGAGAUUGAACGUCGGGGCAUGGAAGAGGUGGGCAUUUACCGGGUCUCUGGAGUUGCCACAGAUAUCCAGGCUCUGAAAGCUGCUUUUGAUAUUAAUAACAAAGACGUCUCCAUCAUGAUGAGCGAGAUGGACGUGAACGCGAUUGCGGGAACACUCAAGCUCUACUUUAGGGAGCUGCCAGAGCCUCUCUUCACAGAUGAACUCUACCCUAACUUUGCUGAAGGCAUUGUGCUCUCUGACCCGGUUGCAAAAGAAAGCUGUAUGUUGAACUUGCUGCUCUCGCUUCCGGAGCCCAACCUGGUCACCUUCCUUUUCCUCCUGGAUCAUUUGAAAAGAGUUGCUGAAAAGGAAAACAUCAACAAAAUGUCACUUCACAACCUGGCCACCGUUUUUGGACCAACAUUACUCAGACCGUCAGAAAAAGACAGCAAAAUUCCUGCCAAUCCAAUGCAUCCCAUGGCCAUGGCUGAUAGCUGGUCACUCGAAGUCAUGUCCCAGGUUCAGGUUCUCCUUUAUUUCCUGCAACUGGAGACAAUUCCCACCCCAGACAGCAAGAGGCAGAGCAUCCUUUUCUCCACCGAGGUGUAGAAGCCAAAGGCUCCGUCCAUCCGUCCCUCCCUCCCUCUGACCUUCCACCCUUCCCUUGUCCUUCGGGAGGAGAGAGAGCCCUCCCUCCUCCCUCCCUCUGUGGACCAAGAAGCCAGAGGAAGACGGUUGUCUUCAGGGGAAGAUGAUUCCUUUCACCAGAUCAGGAAAAGAACCGGGAGGAGCAACAGAGGAAAGCAAACAGUCUGAGGAAGGAAGGUAUUCCCGGGAGGAUCUUUGCAGUGGAAUUCAUGUUGCGUUUUGGGAGAGUUUUUCCUUCUCGGGGGCUUUCGAAGAGCUGAAGGAUUCUCCUUCGAUGGCCACCGUCGUUAAUGGAGUGCCACAAGGAUGUUCAUCCAUCAUGGCCACUACUUGCAAAUUUAGACCUUGAUUUAAAUGUUUCUUUUUAAUAAGUAAAUAAAUUAGGAGCUUCAUGCACAAUCAGGAUUUUUUUUGAAGAAGAAGAAAUCUUUUCCUUGCCUUUUAUCUUUUGACUCUCUUUGGGCAGAAGGUUUUACCGAAGAGGCAUCCUCUAAUCACUUAGAAGAGAAUAAAAGGCCGGGGACUAGAGGAAGAGGUGGUAAGACUGGACAGCUCUUAAGGCCUCCUCCUUUUUCCGUGGGCCACCAAGGAUGGGAGGUGUGUGGAGAAGCUGCUGAGGUCUUCGGGCAUCGUAAAGAAGAUAAUCUGCAAAAUCUCCCCUUUCGCCAGUGAAGGCCUCGUGCCCAGUUUUAACCCGACUGCAGCAGCAGCAGCAGCGUAAGGACUUCAGCUGAUGGUGGGUUUCUCAGCGGUUGGGCCAAAGCCGGCCUCU